UGUCCCAUCCACACCCCGCCAGUGCAGGUGUGGGUGUGGGCUGGGGCUCCCAGCAGCCAGAGGCCCCGAGAAGCCAGAAGCGAGAAGCGAGAAGCGAAGCAAGAGAAGCACUGGAGUCUGUAGCCUCCUGCUGAGAUCCCCAAGUGGCCCCUGCUGCACAGCACCGCGGACCUCUGAUGCCCUGAGAUGCCCACACCCAACACCUCCGCACCCCUGCCAGCGUUAUGGAGCAACGGCUCUGCGGGCAGCGUGCUGAGCGUGGAUGACGCCGCCAUGCCUGUGGAAUUCCUCGUCCUGAGGGUUGGGGUUGCCCUGACCUAUGGGCUCGUGGGGGCCGUGGGCUUGCUGGGGAAUUUGGCUGUGCUGUGGGUGCUGGGUAACUGCACUCGGCGAGCCCCCGGUCCACCGUCUGACACUUUUGUCUUCAACCUGGCUCUGGCAGACCUGGGGCUGGCACUCACGCUCCCGUUCUGGGCAGUCGAGUCAGCACUGGACUUCCGCUGGCCCUUUGGCAGUGCCCUCUGCAAGACGGUCCUGACGGCCACUGUCCUCAACAUCUAUGCCAGCAUCUUCCUCAUCACGGCGCUGAGUGUCGCCCGGUACUGGGUGGUGACCAUGGCCGCAGGGCCAGGCACCCACCUCUCGCUCUUCUGGGCCCGUGUGGCCACGCUGGUAGUGUGGGUGGCAGCCGCCCUGGUGACGGUGCCCACGGCCAUCUUUGGGGCCGAGGGGGAGCUGUGGGGUGCACGCCUGUGCCUGCUGCGCUUCCCCAGCAGGUACUGGCUGGGGGCCUACCAGCUGCAGAGGGUGGUCCUGGCCUUCGUGGUGCCCCUGGGCANGCAUUAG